AUGGCGGCUUUUAAUGUUUCUUCUUGCCCUUCAACUACCACAAGAGCAGCACUCUCCGGUUCACAGUCAUGCAGAAACUUCAAAUUGUUCAAUGGAUUACAUGGCGUGAAUUCAUUUUCUGCAAAUGGUAUUGCAUCGAAUUUGGCGUUGAUUCGGCUGGAUGGUAGUAAAUCCUGUUUUGGUAUUAAGGGUGGUUGCAAAACUCGAGCCACGCUGAUAUCUGGUGACGACCUACUGUCCUAUUCCAAUGGCAAUGGUGUUGCAGCAAAGAGUACUCUUCUUGAUAAUGGUUCUGUUGGGAUUGACUUACAGCCUGAGGGAAUAGCAUUAGGAACCCUAUCAGCGGAUACUGCUCCGGUCACUAACGAUUUUGCUGUUGGUAUUGAUGACUGUGAAUUAGAUCGCCCCACAGAAGGGUUUUCUUCCAUCCCUGAUGCCAUUGAAGAUAUCCGUCAAGGAAAGAUUGUAGUGGUUGUAGAUGAUGAAGACAGAGAAAAUGAAGGGGAUCUCAUCAUGGCAGCAGAAUUGGCAACACCUGAAUCUAUGGCAUUUAUUGUGAAGCAUGGCACUGGAAUAGUUUGUGUGAGCAUGCAAGGGGACGAUCUAGACAGGUUACAGCUUCCUUUGAUGGUUAGGCAAAACGAAAAUGAUGAAAAACUUCGUACAGCAUUUACUGUGACAGUGGAUGCUAAACAUGGUACAACCACUGGGGUUUCAGCUAAUGAUAGAGCAACAACAGUGUUAGCUCUAGCAUCCAAAGAUUCAAAACCUGAUGAUUUCAACCGUCCUGGCCACAUUUUUCCAUUGAGGUACAGGGAGGGUGGCGUUCUGAAAAGAGCUGGACAUACAGAAGCUUCUGUUGAUCUUGCUGUUCUAGCUGGAUUGGAACCUGUUGCAGUUCUGUGUGAGGUUGUAGACGAUGAUGGGUCCAUGGCUAGAUUGCCAAAGCUUCGUCAAUUUGCUCAGAAGGAGAACUUGAAAGUUAUAUCUAUAGCUGAUUUAAUAAGGUAUAGAAGGAAGACUGAUAAAUUGGUAGAACGUUCUUCUGCUGCUCGGAUACCUACAAUGUGGGGACCAUUCACAGCUUACUGUUAUAGGUCAAUCUUAGAUGGCAUUGAGCAUAUUGCAAUGGUUAAGGGUGACAUUGGAGAUGGGCUGGAUGUUCUUGGGGUUUUGGUCUAUCUCCGUGGGCAUGAAGGACGUGGCAUUGGUUUAGGUCAUAAACUUCGAGCAUACAACCUCCAAGAUGAUGGACGCGAUACCGUGGAAGCAAAUGAGGAGCUGGGGCUACCCGUUGAUUCACGAGAAUAUGGCAUCGGCGCCCAGAUGUUGCGGGAUCUGGGUGUCCGAACAAUGAGGCUGAUGACAAACAACCCUGCAAAGUACAUCGGUCUCAAGGGUUAUGGAUUGACAGUAGCAGGUAGAGUUCCUCUAGUGACUUCCAUCACGCAGGACAACAAGAGAUAUCUGGAAACCAAACGUGCUAAAAUGGGACAUAUAUAUGGGGUUGAAUUCAAUGGCCGCUUAAGCAACCUUAUCAAUAGCAAUGGUAAUGGUAAAUCCAGCGUCAAUAAGUCCGGUGUUGACGCUCAAUCUGAUGUUGCUUCCAACUGA